AUGGCGACAAAACAGACGGGCAAGAUGCUGUCCUCUCUUCAGUGUACAAUAUAUUUUUUGUUCAUCUGCGGUGCCUGGGUGAGUUCGUCGACCCUCGGUUUUCACCAAGACCACCGGAAUAUGCUUCCCCAAAUGAGGGGCUUUUUCACCAUAAGCGCGAACAAGGAUUUAACGGGCAGAGAAGAGCUGCGGCGAGCCUUGCGUAGUGCCGCGGAAGACGGGGUGGACUCUGGCGCCUAUCAGCAUCGAAAUCGCCGAAGUACUGCCGAGUCGGCCAUGCCAAAGGUGUACGGACAGGCCAACCUGAAUGACUCCCAUAAUCAGAUGGUGGUCCACUGGGCUGGUGAGAAGAGCAAUGUCAUCGUAGCUUUGGCCAGAGACAGUGUAGGAGCCACUGGGCCAAAAACCAGUUCUGUCUAUGUGUCCUAUGAUUAUGGGACCAGUUUCACUUUGGUCUCAGACAAGUUCCAGCUGACAGGGGCCAAGGCCAAGGAGGGCAGCAAACAGGUCAUCUCCCAAUUCUACCACAGCCCUGCAGAUAACAAGAGGUACUUAUUCGCGGACAUCACCAACAGUUACCUGUGGAACACCUUUGACUUCUGUAAGAGUGUCCAGGGCUUUCCCAUUCCCUUCAAACCCACAGACCUGCUGCUACACAGUAAACGAGCUAACUUGGUUCUGGGCUAUGACAGCUCCCACCCCAACAAACAGCUCUGGAAAUCAGACGACUUUGGUGAGACAUGGGAGUUGAUCCAAGAACAUGUGAAGGCCUACUUCUGGGGUGUGGAGCCCUAUGAUGCUCCCACUACUGUGCUGGUCCAGAGACAUGAGCCUCAGGGGGACUCCACUGUGCUCAGCAGCACUGACUUCUUCCACAGCGAACAGAGCCGCCGAAUCAUCCUGGAUCAUGUUGACAGCUUUCAGCUCCGUGACAAGUACAUGUUUGCCACCACGACGCGGAAACUAUUUGGCAGCCACGAGCCCUCAUCUGUUCAGCUCUGGGUCUCAUACAACCGCCAGCCAAUGAAAGCUGCCCAGUUUAUGACCCGACAUCCAAUCACAGAAUACUACAUCGCGGAUGCUUCGGAGGACCAGGUGUUUGUAUGUGUGAACCAUGUGAACAAUGUCACACACCUCUACAUCUCAGACACACAGGGCUUAUCUUUCUCUCUGUCCCUGGAGAAUGUGCUGUAUUAUAGCCCUGAGGGCUCUGGCAGCAAUACACUUAUCAGGUACUUUGCCAAUGAACCUUUUGCUGACCUGCACCGUGUGGAAGGGCUGCGUGGCGUCUUCAUUGCCACACUCAUUAAUGGUUCAGUCAGUGAAGACAACAUGCGCUCUGUCAUCACUUUUGACAAAGGGGGCACCUGGGAGCUGCUUCAGCCCCCUGCUGCUGACAGCCUGGGAGGAACAAUAGACUGCCAGCUCUCUAAAGGCUGCUCUCUCCACCUUGCCCAACGAUGGAGCCAACUGUUAAACAUCCAGCUGAGGAGAAUGCCCAUCUUGUCCAAGGAGUCUGCACCAGGACUCAUCAUGGCCACAGGAUCAGUAGGCAGGAACCUGGCCAACAAGCCUAACGUCUAUGUAUCCAGCAGCGCAGGGGCCAGAUGGAGAGAGGCACUGGCAGGCCCUCAUUUCUACACAUGGGGUGACCACGGGGGUAUCCUGAUGGCGAUCGCACAAGGAGACUCCACCAGCCACCUCAAGUUCAGCACCAAUGAAGGGGAGACAUGGACAGACUUUAAGUUCUCGGACAGAGAGGUGUAUGUCUACCAGCUGCUUACUGAGCCAGGCGAAAAGAGCACUAUCUUCACCAUCUUUGGCUCCUAUGCAGACCAGAGACAUAGCUGGCUCAUCCUGCAAGUCAACACCUCUGAUGUACUGGGCGUACCCUGUUCGGAUGCCGACUACAAGCGCUGGUCACCAUCAGAUGAGCGUGGUAACGACUGUCUGUUAGGCAGAGAAAUGGUUUUUAAGAGGCGCACACCGCAUGCCACAUGUUUUAAUGGAGAAGACUUUGAUCGGCCCGUCACAGUGUCCAACUGCUCUUGCACACGCCAGGACUAUGAAUGCGACUAUGGCUUCAAGCUGAGCGAGGACUUGUCUCUUCAAGUGUGUGUGCCUGACCCUGAAUUCUCAGGCAACCUCUAUGCCCCACCAGUGCCUUGUCCAGUAGGUACCACCUACCGACGCAGCAAAGGCUAUAGGAAGGUUUCUGGGGACAGCUGUAGUGGAGGAGACGUUGAGGCAAGGUUGGAUGGAGAAAUGCUUCCAUGUCCUGUUGGAGAGAGUAAUGAGUUCAUCCUGUAUGCGGUAAGGAACUCCAUUCACCGCUAUGACCUGGCUACUGGCACCGACCAAGCCCUACCUCUGGCUGGCCUUAGGGAAGCGGUGGCCCUGGACUUUGACUAUGAUAGAAAUUGUCUGUAUUGGGCAGAUAUAUCAUUGGACACCAUACAGCGCCUUUGUCUGAAUGGCAGUACAGGACAGGAGAUAGUAGUGAGGAAAGAUCUGCAGAAUGUGGAGGCCCUCACCUUUGACCCCAUCAGCAGACUCCUUUAUUGGGUUGAUGCUGGAGCACAGAAGAUUGAGGUUUCCAACCCUGAUGGGGACCUACGCCACACUCUCCUCAACUCCUCUGUCCUGGAACAUCCCCGAGCCUUAGUUCUGCUUCCUGGAGAGAGCCUGAUGUUUUGGACUGACUGGGGUGAUCGAGCAGCCGGUGUGUACCGCAGCUACAUGGAUGGAUCCAACGUCUCAUGCAUUGUGUCUGACGGUGUGCGCUGGCCCAACGGCAUCACAGCUGAUGACCAGUGGCUGUACUGGACCGAGGCUUACAGUGACCGCAUCGAGAGGGCCGACUUCAUUGGGAGCAAAAGGAGUGUACUUAUGGAGGGGCUGCCCCACCCUUACGCCAUUGCCGUCUUCAAGAAUGACCUGUACUGGGAUGACUGGUCCAGAAUGGGUAUCUUCAAAGCGUCAAAGGCGGGCUCCCAGAACAAUGAGCUCAUUGUUGGUAGACUGACUGGAGUCAUGGACCUCAAGAUCUUCUACAAGGGGAAGACCAGAGGUCAUAAUGCCUGUGCUGACCAGCCUUGCAGCCUGCUGUGUCUCCCGCAGCCAGGUCACCGUCACACCUGUGUGUGCCCAGAUGGUGCCCCCACCAUAUCCAUGCCCAAUGGAGAGCUCCAGUGUCAAUGUCCCACUGGCUACCAGCUUCAGAACAAAACUUGUGUUAAGACUGAGCACAGCUGUUUGCCUAACCAGUACCGCUGCUCCAAUGGACGCUGCAUCAGCAGCAUCUGGAAGUGUGACAGCGACAACGACUGUGGGGACAUGAGCGAUGAACAAGAGUGUCCCACUACGUCGUGCGACCCAUCCAUCCAGUUUCGUUGUGUGGCUUCUGGUUCCUGCAUCCCACUGGCCUUUAAAUGUGACCACGAGGAUGACUGUGGUGACAACAGUGACGAGGAACACUGUGAAUCUCACCAAUGUGGCCUCGGGGAGUUUACGUGUGCACGGGGUGUGUGUAUCCGGGAAGCAUGGCGCUGCGAUGGAGACAAUGACUGCAGAGACUGGUCGGAUGAGGCAAACUGCACAGUGGAUCAUCAUAAAUGUGAGGCCAAUAGUUUCCAGUGUCAUACGGGCCACUGUAUCCCCCAGCGCUGGAUGUGUGAUGGUGAUGAUGACUGCCAGGAUGGCUCUGAUGAAAACCCUGCACAAUGUGAGGGUGAUCGUUGUAUUGGGUUCCACUGCCCCAAUGGUACCUGCCUACCUGCCUCCGCUCACUGUAAUGGCAUCCAGGACUGUCCAGGAGGUGCGGAUGAGAAGAAUUGUGAUCCCCUGUGCACACGCUACAUGGAAUUUGUGUGUAAGAACCGUGUCCAGUGUCUCUUUCAGUCCCUUGUGUGUGAUGGAACCAAACACUGUGAGGAUGGAUCUGAUGAAGACCCUGCGUAUGCUGGCUGUGCCACACCAUCAGAGUUUGGCAAAGUGUGUGACGCAUACUCCUUCCAGUGUGCCAACGGAAUCUGUGUUAGUCUGGAGUGGAAGUGCGAUGGUAUGGACGACUGUGGGGACUACUCUGAUGAAGCAAACUGUGCCUCUCCAACAGAGGUCCCAGGCUGUUCUAGGUAUAUCCAGUAUGAGUGUCAGAACGGGCGAUGCAUUCCCACAUGGUGGAAGUGUGAUGGAGAAAAUGACUGUGGCGACUGGUCGGACGAGGCCCAGUGUACAGGGGGAGUUACCCCUCAUACAGUUGCCCCCGGGCCCUCCACUUGCACCCCAAACCGCUUCCAUUGUGGGUCUGGAGCCUGCAUCAUCAACACCUGGGUGUGUGAUGGCUACGCUGACUGUCCUGACGGCAGUGAUGAGCUGGGAUGUCCCACUGCCGGUGGGACAGUGACGCUGUCUCCAGCACCCACCCAUGCUCUGGCUCCACCUCCCUCCCCUGGCCGUUGCGGUAAGGGUCAGUUCCUGUGUCACCGACCGCCCCACUGCAUCCCUGACUGGCAGCACUGUGACGGUCAUCCCAAUUGUCGAGACGGCUCUGAUGAGGCUCAUUGCCCCACACGUGGACCGUUGUCUUGCGAGAAAGGGUCACGCUGUGCAGACGGUGAAGCAUGUGUCCUAGACAGUGAGAGGUGUGAUGGCUUCCUGGACUGCUCUGACCACAGUGAUGAAGACAACUGCACCUUGGACUCCCUGGCUUAUAAGAUUCAGAACCUCCAGUGGAUGGCAGACUUCUAUGGCGCCAUCACCCUAACCUGGACCCGACCUAAGAACCUCCCUCUGGACUCCUGUUAUUUCCUCAUUUACUACAGGCUUGUGGGUAGCCAGCAGUGGACAACCAUGGACACGCAUAGCAACAAGAGCAGCUACAUAUUGACAGUGCUGAAACCAGACACUACCUACCAGGUGAAGGUGCUCACUCAGUGCCUCAGCAAGCUGCACAAGACCAAUGAGAUGAUCACUAUCAGGACACCAGAGGGAUUGCCAGACCCACCCAGGAAUUUGCAGAUCUCCUGUGACAGCGGGGAGGAGGGAACAGUGGAGGUUUCCUGGAGCCCCCCUGACAAAGCCCACGGUCUCAUUAGAGAGUACAUUGUGGAGUAUAGUGAGCAAGGAAGUGUCGAAUGGACCUCCCAGAGAUGCACAGCAACCAUGACUGCAGUGAAGGAGCUGCAGCCCAGUGCUCUGUACAAGUUUAGGGUGGCAGCGGUUACCAGUCGGGGCGUGGGUAACUGGACUGAGAUAAAAUCAAUAACUCCUAAAAAAGCUUUACCCCCUCCAUCUGUCAUUGCUGACAGCGUCACCAAGGACUCCAUGAGCCUGUCGUUCAGCUUCAACUCCCAGUACGAGGUAAAACAGUACAUAGUGGUUCUGUCCUGGCUGUUUGAUGCCCAUUUCAAGGAGAGCAGGAACUUCACCGUCAACGAAAGGAUACUGAAAGCUUCUAACCUGACUUCUGGAACGGUCUAUGAGGUGGCAGUAUGGGCUCAUACAAGCGUAGGAGACAGCCCCACAGCCCUUUCUCGCCAGCAGACCACAGGCACCCAGCCAGACCACCCUGUCCUCAAAGCCCGUGCCAUCAACCAGACUGCUGUAGACUGCAGCUGGACAACCACUGGGCCUCCUGCACAGGGGUAUGGCAUAUAUUAUGCGACCUCAUUCUUGGACCUGUACCGCAACCCUUGCAGUGUCAACACCAGCAGUCUCAGCAUGACAGUCAUAGUGAACAGUGAUGAGCAGUACCUCUUCUUGGUGCGCGCCAUCUCUCCCUAUCUGGGUCCUCCUUCUGACUAUACUGUGGUUAAGAUGAUCCCCAAUGAGAGGCUGCCGCCCAGGAACCUGCACCGCGUGCACGUAGAGAAGAACCAGGCUGUGUUGAAAUGGCAGCCCCCAUAUGAUGCUCCUACCUCCCCUCUGACAUAUGUGAUCCAUGUGCGGGACGUUAUACGUAAGACGGAGCGUGACUACAAGCUGACCACCAAGAACAACACAGUGGAGUACCUGCUAAAAGGCCUGGAGGCCGGAGGACGGUACAGCAUCUCUGUCCGCCUGCGCAACAUGAGCAAGGAAGCCAGCUUCACACUCAGCACAGUUCCCCUGCCUGCACCUGAGGCUCUGAAGAUUUUGACAGAAAAAGACCAUGUGUUCCUCUUCUGGAAGAGCCUUGCUGUCAGAGAGAAAGGCUUUGAUGAAAGCAGGGGCUAUGAGGUGCAUGUGCACGACAGUGUGACCAACCGGUCGUCCUACCUUGGCAACACCACAGAGACCUAUUUCCGCAUCAGCAGCCUGUUGGCAGGCCAUAAUUACACGUUCUCUGUCCAGGCUCGCUGCUUGCUAAGUGGCCAGCUGUGUGGGGAGCCUGCCCUGCUGCUCUAUGACCAGCUGGGAACAGGUUCCAUUGAUGCGUCACGCAGUGAGAGCCAGUCAGGGGACAUGGCAGCAGUGGUUGUCCCUGUCCUCUUCCUGCUACUGCUUGGUAUGUGUGGGGGCGUGGUGGCCCUCUACCUCCGGCACAGACGCCUGCAGAACAACUUCACAGCCUUUGCCAACUCCCACUACAACUCCCGCCUGGGCUCUGCCAUUUUCUCUUCUGGGGAUGAGCUUGGUGACGAUGACGAAGAUGCGCCCAUGAUCAGCGGCUUCUCAGAUGAUGUUCCCAUGGUGAUCGCGUAGCAACACCUGCCUCCAUCCCCUCGCACCACCCCCCACACCCAUCCCAUCCCUGCUCCCUGCUACUAAUGCCGCAGAUAGUACGGUGAAGAAAGAAAGAGAAGGUGGUUC